AUGCAAUUCCGAAACCUCUUCCUGUCGCUCUUCCUCGUCUUCGCGGUCGGCUUCGCGCUGGUCCAAGCCGAGGAGGCAAAGGAGCCUCGCGGCCCCAAGAUUACCCACAAGGUCUAUUUUGAGAUUCAGCAUGGAGACGAGCCCCUGGGUCGGGUCGUGAUGGGCUUGUACGGCAAGACUGUCCCCAAGACUGUGGAAAACUUCCGCGCUCUGUGCACCGGCGAGAAGGGCUUCGGCUACGAGGGCUCGAUCUUCCACCGGGUCAUCAAUGACUUUAUGAUCCAGGGUGGUGACUUCACCAAUGGCGAUGGUACCGGCGGAAAGUCGAUCUACGGCAACAAGUUCGCCGAUGAGAACUUCAAGCUGCGCCACACCAAGAAGGGUCUCCUGAGCAUGGCGAAUGCCGGCAAGGACACCAACGGCUCGCAGUUCUUCAUCACCACUGUCAUUACCAGCUGGCUCGAUGGGAGGCACGUUGUCUUUGGCGAAGUCCUCGAAGGCUACGAUAUCGUCGACAAGAUCCAGCACUUCCCCCAGAACCGCGCCAACAAGCCGGAUGUGGAUGUCAAGAUCGUGAAGAGCGGAGAGCUCGAGGUGCCGGCGGAGGCGGAGGCCGAGGACCAAGAACCCAUCGAAACCCCAGCGCCCGCGCUGACGGUCACCGACCCGACAUCCUCGUCCUACUCGUCGCUCCAGCCAUUUGUUAUCUUCGUGGUGCUGGUGGCUGUGGUGGUGUUCCUGCUCAAGCGACGCCGCCGCGCUCAGUCCGAGGAGAUGGAGGAGAAGAAAUUUGAGGCGUAG